UUGUUUGUCUGGCGUUGGUUGCACAGUAGUGGCUGAUCAGUGCGAGUAAUUGAAACUGACAAGUGGCUAAUACAACAUUGGGCUUCUCCUCGUGGCAAGCCGUUUCAUUUUAACCUGCUGGCGAACAAUCUUUUUUGUUGCAAUUAUUUUUGACAGCUGCUGAUUACAUUUAUUUGUUUGAUUAUUAGCGUUGUGCUGGCCAACAGUAGCAGUUGUCUAUCUGGUUCCAGUCGCAAUGGAGAAAUGCGUUAAAAACUCUGGUGCGUUGUAUUACAGUAUUGCUAACAUGUUGGAUAACAGUGGACCGGAAUCGGGAAAAACUAAAGGGCAGAAGAGCGCCGACAACGACAGUGGCGCACAACGUUGUACGAGCAACUGCAGGAAGAUAGAUGACAAGUCACUGCCAUCGGAUAGCAUCAUCCACGGCAACAUAGACGAUGUCAUGGAACUGGAUGGCGACGAUGGCGAGAAGUCCAUCUCGGAUGAGGUCAACUCGAUUGAUGAGCACAAAAACCGCGGAGGACGAAAGAUUCGCCGCAGUCGUACCACCUUCACAACAUAUCAAUUGCAUCAGCUGGAACGGGCGUUCGAGCGCACUCAGUAUCCGGAUGUGUUUACACGGGAGGAACUGGCCCUUCGACUGGAUCUCAGCGAAGCACGCGUUCAGGUGUGGUUCCAAAAUCGUAGAGCCAAAUAUCGCAAGCGGGAAAAAACAGUUACAGACAUUCCACCCGGCGCUUUGGCCCCGCUCUUCCACCCCGGCCUUCCCCUUCCGGCCAACACCGCCAACCUUCCGCCGGACUACGCUUUGGCCAAUCGUCCUCAUGAUCUCUUUCCUUUCGCACAUAAAUUUCCAAUGGGUGCACCCUUUGCCCCUCAUCCCUUCCUUCCGGCCUUCCCCACCACUGAGGCCAUGAUGAAGAGCCACCCAUUUUUCGGAAUGUUCUUCCCGGGGACCCUUCACCGAACGCCACUGCCACCACCCGGAACACUCCUUAACAAGGCGCCGGAUGCUACGGGAGCGGAUGCGUUGAAAGUGCACAGUCUGGAUGUGCUGCGUAGCAAAGCCAAGGAGCACAGCGCCAGCCUGGGCAGUGGGAAGGUGCAUCGGCCGCGGCCGCAGACCGGCACACCAACUCUUAAAUCAGAAGCCUAUGCAUGAUGCAUCUAGACCGAUUGUUUCAAGAGGAGUUUUAAGAAUCUUAGAUCUUUACGUAAAAUGCAGUAAAACUGCACACGCAUAUACCAAUAAAGUGACUUCUGUGUGUAUACUAUAAUAAUACCUUUGUGUUGUUUGUCCUCAUUGUCAGAGCAAUUUUUACUCGUAUUAAGGUUCGAGCAUUAGACUUUUACCAGUUGACGAUAUUAUAGUGUAUCUAUCAUUACUUACGUAUCAGCAGAUUUAUGCACUCCAUAUGGAUGUCUUUCAAACUAAACGAGUUUUGCAAUAAAGUAAAACAU